AUGUUACCAGUUUUUCAGGUUCAUGGUAAGCAUUAUGAGGAAGAAGAGGAGGAUGCCCUACCCGACUCAGAUGCCCUGCCAGACUCGGAUGAUGAGGUGGAUUUGGAUGAGCCGCGACCCAUACAGAUUGUUCUUGCUCAUGAAGAUGACCAUAACUUUGAAUUAGAUGAAGCAGCAUUGGAAAAAAUCUUGCUUCAGGAACACAUCAAAGAUCUUAACAUAGUAGUUGUGUCUGUAGCAGGAGCUUUCCGCAAAGGAAAAUCUUUUCUGCUGGACUUCAUGCUUAGAUACAUGUAUAACAGGACUUCUCCUUGCUGGAUAGGUGGAAACACUGAGCCAUUGACUGGGUUUACAUGGAGAGGUGGAUGUGAACGGGAAACCACUGGCAUACAGAUUUGGAGUGAAGUAUUUGUAAUUGAUAAGCCCAAUGGAACAAAGGUUGCUGUACUGCUUAUGGAUACCCAAGGUGCCUUUGAUAGCCAAUCUACUAUCAAAGACUGUGCAACGGUUUUUGCUCUGAGCACCAUGACGAGUUCUGUUCAGGUGUACAACUUGUCCCAGAAUAUUCAGGAAGAUGACCUUCAACAUUUGCAGUUGUUUACAGAAUACGGAAGACUAGCUAUGGAAGAGAUUUACCAAAAGCCAUUUCAG